AUGUGGCUCAAUUUUUUUCCUUCAGAAAAAUAUCCAGGUGACCCUCCUUCCAUCAGUUGUGUUACGGAAGACAAUCAACCUGUUCAUACAGAACUGGAAUCACUGCUGUACAACAGUGCACAACAAAGCUGUGGGGACGUCAUGAUUUACAAUCUUGUAGAAGAAGCUAAUGACUGGAUAAAGAAACAUGAAUUUGCUGAGCAAACAACAUCUUCUCAAGGAGAGGAGAAGUCAUGUGAAGAUGUCGCCACCAUAUGUAAAUUCUUCUUGGAAGGGAAAUGUAGAUUUGGAAACAAGUGCUUUAAUAAGCAUGAAGAACCAACAAGUGUUAACAGUGACACAAGAGAUGGCUCAUUGCACUCACAAAUAUCUGGUGAAGAGACUGAAAAAUUGUCAACUCAAGCUAAUGAAAAGCCAAACGGAGCUUCAAAUGCUGCUAAGAGCUUGGGAAACAGAAAUGCUGAAACAAAGGGGGCUGAAGGCUCUAAAAAGAAACCUCCAAUGAAAACGGCAAGCGACGUCAUAUCCAGAAUUCAAUGGGAUGAAGAGCUGUCACCAAAGGACUUUGUUGUUGGUUAUUUGGAUCGCUUUAUUGGAAUCAUGGAAAAAUCUUUCACAGACUUUUCAUGGGAGGACCUUGCUUCUGUCGACCAUUUUGUGGACCUUGCAAUCCCUAGACACAGAAUUCAGUACUUCAAGUAUCGAGGUGAAAUAGUGUGGGACAAAAGGGAACGCAUCGAUAGAGUCUUUGGUUCUACAGGUAGCAAGGAGACCAUUUUAGAUGUGAAAAAGAGAACUGGUAACAAACAGGACUCUGACGAAGGGCAGUCUACAACUGAGACUGAUGGUGCAAGUUGUGUUGCUUCUGAACUUCCCAAGCCUGUGAAGGAAAAGAAUGGCCCAAACUAUUUUAUUGCUGUGCAGAUUUCAGAUGAAGGCAUAAUUGACAGCAUCAUUAAGAUUCAAAAUACCAUCCAAGUUGAGCUUGGUCAAGAAGCAGAGUAUGAGCUGAUUCCAAAAGAACGUCUACACAUAACCCUGCUGAUGUUAACUUUACACACUGAAGAUCAUGUAGCCACUGCCAAGAGUAUUCUCAAGUCAGUCCAACCCUUGUUGGUGUCCAUUCUU